UUUAUCUUCAUUGACUUGAAAAGUGUGAAUCAAGAGAUGGACAAAGAGGAAAGCACAAAACCAAGACUUUCAAAAUAUGAAAAGCAAAAAUACAAAGAUGUUAAAACAUCAGAGAACCAACCAGAAACAGCAAAAAUGGAAACGUUGAAGAAUAAAACAAUCAGAACAUUCUCUGAAUCCUUGAAGUCAGAGAAAACAGAAGAAAUUUAUCAAGAUUAUUAUCCAGAUUACCUUAAAGAAAGUAUUACUCAACAACGUAUAGUUGCUCCAGAACCAGCUUCCCAUAAGGAAAAGGGGAAAUCAAAGCGGAAAAAGGACCAAACUCAUGCUUGUCCCAAAGUUAGGAAAGCUAAACUUGUAUCAUAUGAUAGAACAGAACCAAAAGAUGAUGAUGUGAUAAGACAUAUUAUUAGGCUAAGAGAAAAGUUUGGCUGGCAAAUCGAAUUACCACAGCACAAUUUGAAAUACAAAAGUACUCAAAUCAAAAGUCAGAAGAUGAUUCUAAAGGAACCUUUGAAAGAUGAUGGAGAAUUUGUAUAUUGCCUUCCUCGGUAUGAUCCUAAAUCCCUUUUCAAUCCAUAUGAUCUUCAGGUAGUCUCUGCCCAUAAAGCCAGACGAUGCAAAGAAUUUUGGGUUAUUAGUGCUUCAUUUUUUUCAAAGGUUAUUAAAACAAGUGGUGGUACAGAGGAAGUAGAACUCAUACCUGCUUUGGAAUGGCUAUCAGAAAGAAGACGUUACUAUGUAUUACGGCAAUUCAAGACAUUUUCCAGUUUCCGAAUUAACAAAGCAUUUAUUACCUGGAAAUUGACUGUCAAAAGAAUUAAGACAGAGAAGAGCAGGUCAUUUUUGUAUCGCCAUCUUUUUUUAGCUGAUAAAUUAUUUCAAGUCUGUUUGCUUUAUGUAAGAGGACUUUGUGAAAAUGCACUUAAUCUAAAAAAUUAUAAUGGACGUGAAGACAAUCCAUCUGCCAUAUGCCUUGUAAAACUGGAUAGUUCUCGAACUUAUUCUUUAGAUGAAUUUUAUGAAGAACAAUUACAGCAAGCUGCCCAGGCAUUGAAGCAACUUGAGGAUAUCAGAAGCAAAGCAAUUUCAGAGAUGCAAAGGACAUUUUUAAAGCAACUGGAAUACAUCCUCCUCAGUGUGGUACAGUAUUUUGGGGAGUAA